AUUUUUGGAUCGCGAAUUGGAUAUCGACGAGUUGCGGAGACCGAGUCAUUAGUUAUUCCAGAAGAUCCAGAAGGUUUCGUAUUGAGUAUUGUCAUUGUAUAGGAAAUUCUGAUUUCCGAAGUGCACCGUGCGUGGGAAGGUAAAUUUUGAAUACCGUACAUCGUGAUUCGUGAGGCAUGACGUGAUAGCCGCUGCAAUCGACUGGAAUGUUUAACCCACGACACAGAAUUACAAGUGGCUGUAGAUUAUUAUUCUACCUAUUUAUACCUGUAGAGUCCACGACCACACAAUUUCAAUGACCUAUUAUUAUGCGCUCAUAGGUAUUCCAGGCACAAGUGUGAACGUGACGGUAGUGCGACACUAAAAAUUAACGUGGCUAUUGAAAAUAUACCAGAUAAGUUCGUCUGCUUGUUCCUCAACAUCUCAACUUUGGGCCGAUGGUGAAUUACACUUAAUUUUUAUUAGCAAUGAUUAAAAACUCUGGAAUUUUCAUUCAGAUUCUGACGCGAGCAGACGUUGCGCGUGGCGUAUGGUAGGCAUUUGUAUGCGAGCUCGGCAGGCGAGCAGCAAACAGCUCCAAGAACAUCAUCGCUGUGCGUGGCUCCCGCUCGAACCACUGAAAACUUGAGGGUUCUGUCCAGCCCGCCCACAACAAGAGAUCAGAGAAAAUGGCGUAUUGGAUUUGGAUUGCGCGUCGAUUCGUCUAUUUUUGAAGAUUCUCAACGUUGAACAAACUAUAAUUCAACGUAUUAGGGUUGAAUAUGGAAACACUCCGCGAGCCAGCUAAGCUGCUCGCAGAAUGGAAUUAUCCUUUUGCUGAGAGCUUGGAAAAGUAUUCUAGUUCGCUGAGAGAAGGCACCAGUGUGAACUUUGGAGAAGCUGGUUUAGUGCUGCAAAAAUCUACCGAUGUCUAUGCACGCCGAGUUGAAUACCUGUGGAGUGAGACUGAGUCUCUCAAUCAAUCUCUCAAUAGUAGAAUGAAUGAACAAGCUGCGGACGAGGUAAAGAAAGAAAAAAAACGUAAACAACCAGGAAAGAGUGUGAUUGAUUUUAAUGAUUUUGAAUCAUUGAACUUCACCAAACAUAUCAGCAGGUCUAUCGACUUGAAAAACGGACACAAGACAUCUUUAAAACUACUCACCCGCAGAUUCACCCAACUCGAAACCAAUUUAUCCCAAUUAUCAGCUCCCAUUGAGAUACUGAGUGCUCAAGGUGAAGUCAUUGGGAAAAAAUAUGACUUCAGGUGUAAUCAACCACUUAGUAAAGAUGGCAUGUUAGUCGAUGAACUCACUCCAAUUGACUUCUGCAGAGAGCAGGUCACGUCCACGUCUAUCCAUGAUUCUACCGUCAACGUUUCAUCCCAAGUACUCUUCAAUGAUUCUGGGAUCGAUUUAGAUUCAUGUGGAUCAUUGAUGGGCCAUGAAAGUAUUGCUAACAAUUUAGAAAUCGAUUCAGAUAUUUCUCACGAUACAAACCUGGCCGAUAGUGGUAACAUUCCAGAUGAAACUGACGCCGGUUAUACCUCUGGUGGAGUUGCUGAGGAACACAAUGAGCAGCGGCUAAUCAGAAUUGAGUCGCUAAAACGAACCCCAGAUACAGCCGACAUUGGGGAAAAGGUUUUAGAACCAAUUCCAUUUGAGCAUUGCGUACCUGAAAAAAUUCCAAGGCGGAGAACCGAAUUCAGAUUACCAUGCCACUUUUCCUUACUAAAAUCACAACCGCGCAAACGAAAAUAUAUUUCGCCAGCCAAGAGGCGAGAACAUCUCACCAGAUUGUUGCUGAAUAAAUAUGAACAGGUACAUAACCCGCCGACGACAUACUCCCCAACUAAGCAGCUUUUAGCAUCUUUUAAAAAUGAGGAGUUUGAAGAAUUCCAAAAAUCUUUAGAAAACUACGUAAAGAGUUUGCAAAGUUCGGAAAAGUGUCAGUACGAAGCAGUGACCACUGGUUCGUCGAUGGAUCUUUUAGGUUUCCAGCCAAAUUUCGGAAUGGAUUUGUUGACGGGCAAAUCCGCAUAUGUAGCUGACGAUUCAUUUACAGAUUCAAAUACCAUUGCUGAGACUGAGUCUGAUUUAUCAAGUGUACCAGAAUCUUUCGUCACACCUCCACCCACGCCAGAGGCAGCUAAUCAUCAACUUACGUACAGACAACUUAUUGAACACCGCAUGAGACAAAUUCGUGAGGCGUCUAGAGAACAGUCGGACCUUGAAAAAAGAGUCGCUGAGUGGCAUAAGUCAUUGAAGUCAGAACUCGUUGCUGCAGGACGCAGACCACCUUUUCAUAUCCACGAAUAUAGCUCUAACAUAAUAAAAACUCUUGAGAGUUCAAGAAAGAAAAAAGUGCCCUUCCGUGAUGUGGUAGCUCACCAGCCUGCACCUGAGGUUGCUCGAUACUUUUUGGCUUCUUUACAGCUGGCAAACACUUACAAUGUCGCAAUAAAUACAACUCCGGACGCUGAUUGUAACCUAGAACUUUCCCUUUUGAACACUGAGAAACACCACAAUGCCUUGUAUGAAAACAUUGGCAGGUUAAAAUUACAUGAUACAUCCGAUGAUCGUACGGUAAUAAGGGUAAAUGCAACAUAACAUUAGAAUUAAGGUGCCUGAAAUGUAGGUCAUAAGCUGUUCAAAUCACCCAAAGCAUUUCAGAAUAGGCUGUAAAUACCAGGCUCAACUUUUUACAUGAUGGAAAACAGUUUUUUAUGGUACAUAAAUAGUUGAGACUCUACGUCGUGGUACUGGUACCAUUUCAUCCUUUGAAUAAUUGAACAUCACCUCAUUCAAGCGUAUAUUGCUACGACCACGUUAGUUUGUUUGAUACUAAAAGUUCAAAUCUCUAUUAUAUCGUGUUAUUUAUUGUUAAGUAUGAAUUUAUUACUUAUAUGUGCUUAGCUUGCAUAUAUGAGAUGUCAAGUUUAUUUUGAUAAGAAAGAAAUGACUAUAAUAUAAUGCACUGUUUCUUCAUUAUUUAAAUUAUUAAGAAAACUAAGGUUGUGCAGGAUUGUUAUUUCCAAUAACUAUAAUUACAAAAAAAAAUCUUCCGUAGAUUCAGUGUGUCUAGGAUGUGAGAUUGACAGAUUAUUCGUCAUGCAUCAACAUAUCUUAAAAUUCUUUCAAUAAUUGUUAAACCUCAGGGUAUUUUGAAAAACACUAUCCUUGACACGCAAAGGCUAUGCAUUGUAAAAUAUCCAUAUUAUUUUCUGAAACGCUUGAAAAAUAGUAUAUUAUAUGAAGAAUUUAUCACUUGUUAAAAAUUUCAUAUGUGGUAUUUAGUCUGAUAUUUUGUAAUUACACUACAAAAGAUAAUUUUAAUAAUAAAAAAUGAAAAUUAAUAAGCCUGGAGCCAUUUUCAACAAUA